CUAUUUGCGGCUCCUAGCGGUUUAAGCAAACAUAGCAACAUACUGGACCAGACAGGUCGACAAACUUUUUUUCUUAAAUUGAACACCCCAACCCAAGGCUGAUUUACGAUCCAUUCCCAGCACCGUAUGUUGCAUCUCAAGCCCCUCUCCUGCUCGUGGGUCUGUUGACAUGUUUACUCCUCCGCGCCUGGAUGAUUUGCCCAGCCUCCAUCCGUCUCCAUUGGCGGGGUAACACAACGCCUCCUCGCCCCUGCGCCAUGUGCACCCCGCCUGCCCCGCGCCAACGUGACGGACGUGAGUUUGCGCUGAAAUACGAGAGACUCUUGCAUAGUUGUGGUUGGAAGAGAGAGGACUGAAUCAGUCAAGGAUCUGGACAGCUCCGACGAAGGACACGCUGUGUAAGAUGUUCACUCGGUAAAAGCAUCUAGUAGUGAUCGACACUUAUUAUAAGCAGUUCUGUCCACCGUACUGAUACACAAGUAUCAGCUCAUACAGCUCUUCACAGUUACGUCUCGACCAAGCUGCAAUGAAUACGGACACCGACGAAUCACGCGCCUGACUCAGAGAGAUUCCUGCGGAUCCCUAGGAGUGUUCUCAGUGAUGCUGAAUGUCUUCAUCAGUACCUGCUAACUGACGGAUACAGUGGUGAAGCCGCACACAGGAGUGGUGCAUGUUGUUGCUGUUGUUGUUGUGAAAGUGGAGAUGACCUCUUAACAAGCUGCUCUCUUAUCCUGUGUUUUGUAACGGAGGAAAGUAGUUGGGCGUUGACUCAGACAGCGUGUGUCGGUGAAGUUUUUGGAACGACCAAAACUUUCUCACGACUGGAUGUGGAAGGAAAACUUUAGCAACUGUGCAAUUUUACGGCUGGCUAUUCAACCGUCUGAACCGAGGAACCGUUUAAGGGAAACCAUCGGAAUACAUAACGGAAUACGGAACGUUCAAAACUCAUCUGGUAAUAUUACUUUAAAAGUUCUGAAGAAGUGAUCAGCUUUCCCUGCCAAUCAGAGCCAACCCUACCGCCGGCCGUGGACAGCGAACUUCUGCUUUCUCACAUUCCUUUGUUUGAUUGUUCAGGGAUUCCUGCUCUAUCGGAUUAACCCAGAUAUCGAGCGGUCAGAAAUCACCCAGUGGUCAGAUCGAAAGGCAACACUUCUCUGUCUUGCACCACUAAUAUCCGUUGGAGUAACCUUGUCGUAAGAGAUCAAAUUGACCAGAUCUAAGGUCUAGAGGAAGAUCGUAAAACUUUGAAGAACAAACUCCAACGUGAAAAUCACCAUGCGGGCGGAGGAGAUGGUUGUGUGUGUCCUACUGCUGGCCACGUUCUGUAUAUCUACGGUGGACACGAGUUGGUGGUUCUUAAGCAGGCUGGACAUCAACGUGCUCGGUGCCCGCACCAUCUGUGACAACAUCCCUGGCCUGGUUCCCAAGCAGCGCCACAUCUGCCAGACCCACCCCGAUGUCAUGGUGUCCAUCGCGCGCGGGGCCGAGCUCGGCGUGCGGGAGUGCCAGCACCAGUUCCGCGGGGACCGCUGGAACUGCUCCACGGUGGACAGGGACGCAACAGUCUUCGGCAAGGUGAUGGACAAAAGUAGCCGUGAGGCAGCGUUCGUGUACGCAGUCUCAGCCGCCGGAGUCAUGUUCUCCAUCACCCGCUCCUGCAGCCUGGGCGAACUGCUGGACUGCGCAUGCGACCCCAAGAAGCGGGGAUUCAGCGAGGACUCCAUGGGUGAGUUCGAGUGGGGAGGCUGCAGCGACAACGUCAAGUUUGGGGAAGGCUUCACGAGGAAGUUCGUGGAUGCGAGGGACCGGAGCCAGAGGGACGCCCGAGCGGUCAUGAACAUGCAUAACAACAGGGCAGGGAGGAGGGGCGUUGCUAAGAACAUGAAGAUGGAGUGUAAGUGUCAUGGAGUGAGCGGGUCCUGCACUCUCCGCACCUGCUGGAGGGCAAUGGCGCAUUUCAGGAAGGUGACGGAUUACCUGAAGCGGCGGUAUGACGGGGCGGUCGAGGUGACCAUGAACCAGGACGGCACCAGACUCAUCGUGUCCGACAGGAACCACAAGACUCCCACCAAGUCCGACCUGGUCUACUUUGAAACUUCCCCGGACUACUGCCUAGCUGACGAUGAUACAGGUUCCCUUGGUACGGUGGGUCGGCAGUGCAACCGGUCGUCCCUCGGAACUGACGGGUGUGACAUCAUGUGCUGUGGUCGGGGCUAUGACACCACCAGGGUGAAAAGGUCGCGAAAGUGUGAGUGCAAGUUCCACUGGUGUUGCUUUGUCCGAUGUAAGGAAUGCUCCGAAAUCAUCGACGUCUUCACGUGCAAGGGACCCAGUAACGAAUUUGUCACGCCCAAUCAGAGGCAAAUCAACAUUCCAACGUCAAGAGUUAUCGACCAAUCAGAUAACAUCUUCCAUGGUUCUUUUCAUGGUCCAGGCCAAUCGAAGGCGAGCAAUGCGUUGGCAAUACCUCGCAUCAGCCAAUCACAGCAUGAGGACACGUGAGUGACAGCAAUGUGCUCUGAGGGUUGGAGAAAUGAAGGAAAAAGAACUUGGUGAACAUAAUCUAGCAAAAUGUGUAAAAUAUUCCCUUGAGGUUAUUUUCAUAUUAUUUAUUUCUUUUCCCUGGUCUUCAUUGUGUGGUUUGACUCCUGAAUUAAUUGAUAACUUUUUGCAUCAUGUCUUAACUUUGCAUCAUGACUUAACAGUCACAGACAGAGAAGCAAACUUGGUUUACUUUAACAUUACAUCACAAACGAUAGAUGAGAAGAAAUAUCAUUAAAAACCUGCACUGGUUCCUGCUGUCAAGGUAGCAGUUCAAUCAGUAAAUGGGUGGCUGUAGUAUUUCUACAUUUUAGUUUUAUCUACCUUUAUACCUUUGGUAGACAAGGCUAUGUGAUUGGUCUAUUAUAAGCUUGAAACACAUUUAAUGUCAUACUACACCAUAACAGCAGUCUACUUUUCAUCAAGACGGACGGAAGCAAGGUAAUCAAAUUUGUGUAUAUUGUGUUUUUGAAUGGAGGUAUCUACCCAGAGUUGGGAUGUUCCUGGGAAAGGUGUGAAAUGUUAUAAUAACAAAAAUAAUGACCUAAGCAAGUUUAAUCUAACUGCCUCAUCAUUACACAUAUAACUUUACAAUAAUGUAACCCCAAGUAGUGCUUGGUCAUAUGUACAACUGCUGUUAACAUUCUAUAAUAUGUUGAGUUCUUUAGGGCAGACGGUAUGGAUUGUGUGGAGAGACUUUAGCAAGACAUGGGUGUGUAAAUAGUGAUUUUCUUGCAGUCAUUACUGAACCAUUUCUUCCUACUUGUGUUGAAUGAAUACAGUCAUACUUACCUUUAAACGA